AAUAAACAGCGGGAAAACCAAGGAAAAGCUGUGGUGUGCUGUGGUGUAUUCAUUUGCUCGUUUAAAUCUAUUUAUGGGGAUUCUGCCAGUCAUCUUGUUGGUUGACACACGUAUUUUCGUAAAAUCGCGAUAUUUAGUGUUUUCCUUAUCUGUUCUCUUCCCAUUUCAUCCUUUACUCGGUUGUGGAUACAUCACACAAUAAGAUUGUAUACCGUCCAAUUUCGUAACUUCGUGUCUCUUCAAACCAUGACAUUGGCAGAAUCACCGAAAGUCCGGUGGAAGCCAUAAUAUAGAAAAGAAAGAAAGAAAAAUCUAUUUAUUUUAAUUAUUCGUCUAAAAUGCGUGUCCUUCCAUCAGAUAAGACAUCUGCAGAACAAAUCAAGCUUAUAAGAAAGUAUUUGAAACUUAAAAUUAUGGAAGACAAUGUUAGUUUUAUAAAUCACAAACAAGAAAGGGAUCAUGUUUACGAUUUAAUGAAACGAACUAUUCUGCACGGUGAAUCUCAUUCUGCUCUCAUGCUGGGACCGCGAGGCAGUGGUAAAACAACGCUUAUUAACUCAGUUCUUAAUCAGCUAAGUAAAGAAGUGGACAUUUCAAGUGACGCCAUCAUCGUGAAGCUGAACGGGAUGCUCCAUCACGAUGAUAAGGUGGCCCUCAAGUCUAUUACUGCUCAGAUGCAACUGGAAAACGCAGUUGGCGACCGUGUCUUCGGCACUUUCGCUGAGAACCUGUCAUUUCUACUGAGCUGCCUACAAUGCGGAGCCGACAGGAAGUGCAAAAGCAUGGUGUUUCUUCUAGAAGAGUUCGACAUGUUCUGCCACAGCGGCCGUACUCAGAGCUUGCUGUAUAACCUGUUUGAUAUCACGCAUAGCAAGCAGGCACCUAUGUGUGUGUUAGGUAUAACAAACCGGUUAGACGUUAUGGAACUCCUGGAGAAGCGGGUGAAGUCCCGUUUCUCCCACCGCCACAUCUUCCUGUUUCCAAACGAGGAUUCUGGGGAAUUACGCUCGCCCAUAGACAACUUUAAGCAAGUGUUGCUGAGGCUGUUGUCUAUGCCUUGCAAAAAAGCUCCAGAGAGCCCGAAGAGGAAGAAGGGAAGGGCUGGAAGGAGAUCUGUUCACAUAGAAGAGCCAACAGACGUUGACACUGAUGAUGAAUAUUCUAUACCCGAAGUAGUUCUAUACAAAUGCAAAACCAACCGUGAGGAGUUUAGGAACUUGGACCCUGGAUUUGUAGAAGAUUGGAACUCUCAUGUGAAUAGUUUGAUAGAAGAUGACACGAUAACGGAUGCUAUAGAGAAGUUUUGUUACUAUACGGGCAAUGAGCAGGUGUUUAGGAAUGUUUUGUUCCAACUUAUCUGCCAACUAUCACCUACCAAGCCCUACAUAGAUGCUACAGAGUUUUCAAAUACCAUAGACAAGACAGUAGCGCCGGAGCAUAGAGUGAAACUGCUGCAAUCCUUGUCUAUACUCGAGUUGUCUCUGGUUAUAGCCAUGAAGCAUGGCAUGGAGAUAUUUGACGGCCAACCAAUGAAUUUUGAAAUGGUUCUACAUAGAUACACAAAAUUCGCCAACACGAACUCUUCAACGCAAACCGUCCCCCGACCGGUCAUAUUAAAAGCGUUUGAACAUCUCCAAGCUUUGGAAAUAAUUUUACCAGUGAGAAACACUGACUCUAUAUACAAUACUGACAACACAACCAGUAGAGUACAGAAAGAAUAUAAACUUUUCACUUUGGCGGUGCCUGUGGAUGAUAUAAGCGAAGCUGUGAAGAGUUUCAAAGCUUUGCCGACUGAAAUCAGUCAUUGGUAUAGUAAUUCUGUGUUCUGAAGUUAUUUUUAUGUAGCUACUUUAAUGAUAUAAUGUUUUUGAAGGGACUAUGUUAUAAUUGCAUUAAAAAACCUUAAAACUAUGAGAAACCACUGAGAAAUACUGUUUAUAUAACACGGAUAUUUUAUCGAAUUGGGUCUAGAAGGAACAUAAAUUUUUCAAUCUGACAGUACCUCUUGAUCGUAUAAGCGGGGCUGUGACGAGUUUCAAAGCUUUGCCGACUGAAAUCAGCCAUUGGUAUAGUAAUUCUGUAUUUAUCUGUAUCUUCAAGAAAUGGUAAUAAUUAAAUUUAUUUCAAGUCAAAAUACGCUUUUUGUAUCAGCAAUAAGGUUUAAUAUUGAUCCUAUUUUAAUAUAAUGUACAACCAAUUUGAUUUUCUCGAAUCGUAUGUUGUAGAAUUAAGCAAUCAUCAGCAAUAAGUGCUAUAAUAAUAUUUUUUAAGGGUUCUAUUUCGCAAUUGCGUUCACAAACCUUCAACCUGAAUGAGAAACCUUCGAGAAACCACUGAGAAACCCAGUGGUGAGAAACAGACAAUACAAUUCUGCCCCCUAUAAAUCACCCACUGGUAUAGUGUUUCUGUGUUUUUUAAAGCUAUAUUUAUCUUACUCAAAGAGUAAGAAUAAGAUGGCGAUAUAUGUAUGUAUGUAUAUAUAUAUGGCCGUGUAUCGGUAGUGUCUGGGCCACAAUGUAUUUAGUUAAUUUGAUAAUGCAGAUAAGAUAAAGUAAAAAAAAAUACAAAAUGGUUACUGUUGUAUAGUCUUAAGUUAGUGUUUAAGUUUAACUUAUUUUUGUAUAAAAUAAAAGCAUG